AUGGUUAUGGCAGCUACGAGUGGUGGUGGUGGGGCAGCUAGUAACAGCGGUGGUGAUGAUGGUGGUGGCAUUUCAGUUGAAGAAGAUGUUAAUUGGCUAAAGAAUAACAAUGAGCCAUGGAGCGAAGUAAUAUUAAAAUGGAAUAAAAAUAGUCAGUAUCGCCAUGGAAAAGAUUAUGAAAGUAUAACAACAUUUAUGAAUGAAUGGCAAUUGUUAUAUUUGCCCAAAGCAAUUGAACUUAUUGAUGAAGAUUUUAAAAAUUUAUAUCCAGGAAAAGAAAAGGAAUUCGAAAAUAAGUGGCAAAAGUUUUUUUAUAAACUGAUAGAAUUAAAAAAAUCAGAAAUAAGAACUGAUGAUUGUAAAGAAAAAUUAUUAACUUCACUAUCUUCUAUGACAGAUGAUGAGCAUAAAAUUCCAUCGCAACUAAGUUUGAUGAUUCAUUUGGUGCCCCCUAAAGGCAGGAGCAGUCAAAAAAAGAAGUUUUCUAUUCAAGAAUGUAUGGAUAGUCUUAUAAUAAUAGUAGAAAAUCCUGGAGAUCUCACAAAAACCAUAGAAGAUCAAAAAAUAAAAGCAAAAAAGUUCCCUGUUCAACCAUAUAUAAUAUUAUUAGGCAGCCUACAGGACGUCAAGCAAUUGUACUUAGUGAUAGAUGAAAUUAGUAUUAGUGUAACAGAAGAACACAUAGGCCAAGCAAACAUAGAUGAUAAUAGACAGCACCGUAAUCAAAGCCGUGAAAUUGAUGAUAUAGAACUAGUUCGAAAUUCUGAGACUCGUAGCAAUACGUUUAAAGACAUAUUGAGAACAUACAUAGACUCAUUUGUAUCAAAGCUGUACGACACACUUAAUAUGUCAAGAGCACAUACACAGGAAGUAAUAAUUGCUGCUAAGCAACUAUUAACUGAUGUUUUUUUAAAAUUAAAGGAAUUAAACAUUGAGGGUCCUUUUGAUAGUACUGUAACUGACGAUGUGAUGUCAUGUUUUUCACAUAUAGAUAGUGAAUAUAAAAGAUUGAAGUAUUUCAAGGAUUGUAAUAAAUACGUGAAACCUACUUUAGCUUUCAUUGGCUCUACGCAAGAAAAGUCUAAAAAAAACGUUGACACUGUGAUGACAUUAAAAGAAAAUUUUGUCUGUAUGAUAUCAUUAAAACAAAAUCUUAAGUUAUUUUUAGAAAUUCCUGAAGUUUAUGAUAAAAUACGAGCUUAUCAAAUCAAACUUUUUGAAGAAAAAGAUAUUCUUAGAAACGUAGUGCAGGGUAAGCUUUGGCGACACAGACAUACAAACAAUAGCGAUCCUUAUAUUCCUCUUGUUCUCUUCUUUGAUGAUUUGGAAACUGGAAAUCCACUUGGAAGUCGGGCUGGAUACAAUAAAAUUGGUGCAGUGUAUGUAUCUAUAGCUUCCAUCCCCCCGGAAUACGCUAGUCGUCUAGAGAACGUGUUUUUAGCUAUGUUGUUUUACAGCAACCAUCGUACAAAAUUUGGCAAUGAAAGUGUCUUUGAUUCACUAAUUAAGGAAUUAAACUAUUUACAUGAUUACGGUGUUGACAUUAUAUUAAAUAGUCGUCAAAUAAAAGUUAAAUUUGCACUCUGUGUUAUAGCCGGAGAUAACUUAGGUCUUCACAGUAUUUUAGGGUUCAACGAAAGCUUUUCGUCUACUAAUUAUUGUAGAUUUUGCUAUAGCACUAAACGAGAAUGUCAAUCUCAAAUAUUUUGCGAUGAAAGUAGAAAGCGAUCCAAGAAUCAGUAUGACGAUGAUGUUUUACAAAAUUGCGGAAUAAAAGAGACAUGUGUUUGGAACAAUAUUUCCGGAUUCCAUGUAUACGACAACGUAUAUUGUGACGUAAUGCACGAUUUGUGUGAAGGUGUCCUUCGAUAUGGUAUGGCGCUCAUAAUAAACGACUUAAUUAGAUCCGAACAUUUUACUUUGGAGCAGCUAAAUGAAAGAAUUAAGUAUUUUGAUUUCAAAUCAAGUAAUAGUCCACCACAGGUGAACAAAAAUAAAUUAGAGCAAGGUGUCUUAAUCGUUUCUGCAUCUGAAAUGUUAUGUCUCGUCAGGAAUUUUCAGUUCCUAGUUGCAGAUUUGGUGCCCUAUGACGAUAAAGUUUGGGAUUAUUAUUUAUGUUUGCUUGAAUUGACCAAUGUUCUUAUGUCACAAGUUUAUAGUGAAGAACUACUGGAUUAUUUAAAAAUUCUAAUAUCUGAACACCACGAAAAGUAUAUGCAUGGCAAUAAAAAUCAAUGUCAAAGUGGACGUCGACGUGGACGGGGACGUGGAUCCAGAGGCAGUGUCCGCGCGAGUAACUCGAACUCAGACCCCGCAUCCCCUGGCCCCUCGGUCCCAAACCCUCCCGGCCUCUCGGCACCCAGACGCAGGGCACGCACGCGCGGUGGCAUACACCCCUUUCGACCGCACCUCAUCAAUUCGUACUAA